UAAGCCUGUCUGCCCUGCUAAUCGAGUCGUGCUGAGGGUUUCCACUUCUUUGUCUGGAUACUCACUCUCUCGAGAUUUCAUUCUUUUGUUUUGCUAUUUGUUAUCAGUCACUCGUUUUUAUUACCUUCGCUUGAAGAUGCCUCGAGGAAAGAGAUCCUUUCUUUUGACGUGCUUGGUGACUCUGGGUAGCACCAAUGCUCAAACGAUUGAGGUUGGCGGAAGUGUUGUCGCCGCCAACAGCGACAAUGUCUCCCCUGCCCAGGCAUCGAUCGCAGGUGCUGUAGGGCCGGCGCAAUACCAACUCACGCAAAGCGUGCUGGACGACCUCAAGUCGAAAAAACUCAGUAACUCGUCAAUAUUUGAUUUCGGGCCGUCGGGAAAAGUCUACUCAAGUGGAAUGUGCAAGCCUGCCCCUGGAGAUACAGACUGGCCAACCGCAGACACUUGGGAAACGCUCAACGUCCUCACUGGGAAUGCGCUUCUCUCUACUGUCCCGAUCGGCGCCGCAUGCUACCAAGGCGAACACUACAAUGCUGAAAGAUGCACCGAAAUUCUCGAUCGAUGGUCCGACCCGCAUCUACAUGCCGAAGACCCGACAUCGGUCAUGAACCCGUUGUACCAAGGCGCGACUUGUAUGCCUCAAAACGCGGCUACUGGUGGCUCCUGCGAGAUUGGCGGUUCAGCCUCCUACUCGGUCAACGUCAGUACAGUCGCGCAGGUUCAACUCGCGGUCAAUUUCGCCCGCAACACUGGGGUGAGGCUGCUUGUGCACAAUACGGGACACGACUACCUUGGGAAAUCCACUGGUGCUAACGCGCUCUCUAUCUGGACCCGAAACCUGAGAACAAUCGACUUCAUCGAAAAGUACAGCUCUCCGUCAUCUUCCUGGACUGGCUCUGCUUUCAAACUGGGUGCUGGCGUUCAAGUGUGGGAGUUGCUGGCAGCUGCGCACGAACACGGCGUUAGUGUGCUGUCCGGAGAAUGCCCGACCGUAGGUGUCGCUGGAGGCUACAUUGCAGGCGGAGGUAUGGGGCCGCUAUCGUCCAAACACGGUCUCGCAGUGGAUCACGUGCUCAGCCUGGACGUCGUGACUCCCGAUGGGACAUUCGUCACUGCUGAUGAGAAAACGAACACCAACCUCUUCUGGGCCUUGCGUGGUGGAGGUGGCGGUACAUUCGGGGUAGUAACCUCGGUCACGGUUCGCACGCUGCCGAAAAUGAAGGUUGCUGGACUUACUCUCUCCAUCUCCAUCGGACCCAAUGGAGACGUCUCCGAAGAUCUCUUCUGGGAAGCCAUCACGGGUUGGUGGCGUCGCUUUCCAAAGUAUGUUGAGCAAGGGAGCUACGCGUACUCCAUUAUCCUUCCAACACCAGAUGGCGGUCUCUCGUGGGCAUUGACUCCGUGGAUGGUCCCCGAUAUGACGCUUGACCAGUUUAAAGACAUGACAGCGGAUCUCCGGGCAGAGUGGGAGCGAAUUGGAUUCAAUGUCAACCUCAGCUACUUCGAAACCGAGAAUUUCUACGAUGCAUGGACCACGCACUUCCCUGAUGACACGGUGGGCGUACCAAAUCUACGCACCGCGUCUCGAUUGAUCCCCAGGGAGAACUGGGAGAAUCCCACCCUAUUGGAAGAUACUGUUUCCUUCAUCCAACGCGCUGUCCGCAAUGGCUCAUCGCUCAUUGGAUACAACAUCAGAGCUGCGCCAGUGGCGGAUGCGCCACCCAGUGCCACUGUCCCUAUUUGGCGAGACACAACCAUGUUCGCGAUUGUCGGUACCAUGUGGGACGCCACUCUUCCUGAUCUCGAGGUCGAUAUUGUCAACGAGAGAAUCACCAAGGAAUGGACUGCUUCCCUUCGAAGCCUGACACCCGGCGGUGGAACCUAUAGCAACGAAGCCGAUGUGAUGGACCCCGAUUUCCAGCAGGCAUUCUAUGGAUAUGACAACUACCAGCGCUUGAGAACUAUUAAGCACGAGGUUGAUCCUUGGGGAUUAUUCUACGCACCAACGGGUGUAGCGAGCGAGGACUGGACGGUGACCGACCAAGCGGGUUAUGUGCUCAAGCAGACAGGCAAACUUUGUCGAAAGUAA